CAAUAUUGCAGUUUUGAAGAACCAUUCCAAAGUCUAGUGAUCCUGACAAGAUCAUUACUAAUGCCUCCAUGAUAUCUUCAGCCACCUCUUACAGUACCCUGGCGUGUACAUCAUCUGGUCCAGGAUCCUUCAGAACCAAAAUGCUUGAUUGCAGAACACUUCAGGUUUCAUAGGCAGAAUUAAAAGGAAGGGAGACAAUGUCAGUUGAUGUGGCUGAUUCGAAGAAAUUGUCCAAGUAUUGACAGUUCAGUGAUGUGCUUAAUGAUGCACUGAGAGAUUAUGGAAUCUUAAAAGAAGGCAUUCAAAACCAGCUCCGAGUUGAAGCAUAACUUGCAUUUAAAAGAACAGUUGAAAUCACUGCAUCAAUGGAAAUGGCAGCCAGAGACGCAAGUCAGGAAUUGAAAGAUUCCAAACAACUGGAGAAACAUUUCACUUGGGCCUCCAAGCUCCAAAUAAACUAAAAUAUGGCAGAUGAUCUUGAGCCUUUGUUGUCAUCUGAUUUAGAACGUGAAGACAAACCAGAAUUAAAUUCAAGAAGACCUUUCUAUGUACCACGUAACAACCUAUAUGGCAACACACCACCUGAAGAACAGAUUACAGCAAAAGCUUCAGCAAUGAACAGCCGUAUUCAGUAUUACAGCAAGUUGACUGCUACACACAAAACAUUGGUGCCACCUCAUCAUGUAAUUCCAGCUGAAGGGGAAAUUUAUGUUUACAGUCCUUUAGGAAGUGCUCUGCAAUUUGAAAGUAGCGUAGAUGGCUUUGGAAAGAAUCCCAGCAUAGUCACUAUAUUUUCUAUUUGGAAUACCAUGAUGGGCACAUCCAUAUUGAGCCUUCCAUGGGCAUUGAAAGAGGCAGGAUUCACUUUUGGAAUUAUUUUGAUCAUUGCAAUGAGCAUUCUGAUGCUAUACAGUUGUUAUCGAGUAGUGAAAUCCCGACAGACAGUUCCUAUCGAUACAUCAAGCUGGGAAUUUCCUGAUGUCUGUAAAUAUUAUUUUGGUUCAUUUGGCCAGUGGUCCAGUCUUCUUUUCUCUCUAAUUUCCCUGUUUGGAGCCAUGAUUGUUUACUGGGUCCUUAUGUCCAAUUUCCUGUACAACACAGGAAUAUUUAUUUUCAAUUAUGUUCAUAAUGUGUCAGAAGUAAAUCCAGUUUUGAGUACAAAUGGAACUCCUAAAGUUGUUUGUCCGGACCCACCUGGAGCGCAUGUGAAGAAUUCCACUGACAUGUCUUUCAUCAUAAGCAAUAACACAGCCUUACAUGAAUUUCAGAAGUGGUGGAGCAAAACAAAUACAGUCCCCUUCUACCUAAUUUUCCUCUUAUUUCCUCUCCUUUCUUUCAAAUCUGCCUCAUUCUUUGCAAGGUUCAAUAAUCUGGGUACAAUUUCAGUUGUGUAUUUAAUUAUUUUGGUAACACUGAAGGCAGCACAACAGGGAUUUCACUUAGAAUUCCAUUGGUUUGAAUCUGCAAACAAUUUUGUAGCAGAAUUUCGAUUAUCUUUUCCACAUCUGACUGGAGUUCUUGCACUUGCUUUCUUCAUUCAUAACUGUGCCAUCACCCUUUUAAAGAACAACAGAUACCAAGAAAAUAAUAUUCGAGAUCUUUCCAUUGCCUAUCUGCUUGUGGGAUUGACCUACUUGUAUGUUGCAGUUAUGACAUUUGCUGCAUUUCCCUCACCAGAAUUAUCCAAAGACUGUAUUGAGCCGAACUUCUUGGACAAUCUGCCAAGCAGUGAUAUCACAGCCUUCAUUUCCCGAGUUUUCCUGCUGUUUCAGAUGACCACUGUUUAUCCAUUGUUGGGCUAUCUGACAAGAGUACAGUUACUGGGACAGUUGUUUGGUAAAGCAUAUCCCAGCUUUGUUCACGUGUUUGUUCUAAAUGUCGUGGUUCUUUGUAGUGGAGUCUUGGUGGCAAGGUUUUAUCCCAAUAUAGGCAGCAUUAUCAGGUAUUCAGGAGCAACGUGCGGCCUUGCCUUUGUAUUUGUUUAUCCAUCUCUUGUUCAUAUGAUAUCACUACAUCGCAAAGGACAGCUGAGUUGGCUAUCGAUGAUUUUCCACAGUUUCCUGAUAGUACUUGGUGUGGCUAAUCUGAUUGCACAGUUCUUGAUAUGAUACUAGCCAAACAAAAUACUCAAUUUUAAGGUGCCUCAUUAAUUGAAUUAUUGCUGAUCUUAGUGAAGAAUUGAAAACUUUAUAUACUUGAUUAUGCUGACAGUUGGACAAUUGAUUUGAUCAUUAUUUGUAACCAGAGACAUAUUUCCCAUUUUUGUAACCCAUCCAAAAGUUGACCAGUUGCAAUUACUUUGCCUCGAUGUUGUGAUAUGUCUUUAUUGGAUUAGCAGCAUAGUCCCAAUCAGUAAGUUAACUUGUAUUAUGUCCUUAAUCCUGUCAAAACAACAAAAUAUUUUUAGCCAAAUGAUCUAAAUAGAACACAAGGCAAAGUUAUCACUUCAACAGCACUUGGUGUUGGUUUUUUUUAAAAGCUUAUUUUGCCCUUCCACAAUGCAAUUUGGGUGGCCAAAAUGUUUUUCCAAUAUUUCAUUGGACUAGAACAGUCAUUUGUCAUUGCGUGUGGCACUUAGGUAUAUUUUGAAAAAUUAUGAAAUGAUGCACUUGAUGGAAUGGAUUACAUAUAUUCGGACUGUUGUUGUAAAUUAGUAUGAUUGGAGUACGAGGGUGAUUCAAUUCUAGUCACUGUCUUGAUUUUACUGUUACCCAAAGCAAUAUGCAAUUUAAAAAAAAAUGCAGUAUCAUUUUCUACUUGCGGGUUAGUGUUAGUGGAGACCCUCUACGCAAGGGAUUCCCAGCCUGGGGUCCAUGGACUCCUCUGUUACUGGUAAAGCUCCAUGGUAUAAAAAAAGGUUGGAAACCCCUGCUGUAUGUUCUCAUUUUUCCUAUACCAGAUUUUUCCCACUUUUAUUGGCUAAAUGAGUUAACAGGACUAAUGUAAAUGCAAACAUCUACUUUCAAAUUCUAUACUGACUUGUUUCAAUUAUUCGAAUAAUCCUUCAGCAUAAUGUAUGAAUUUGUAACCUGACAGAAAUAAAUCUUAACAUCUUGUAAAUCAGCUUCCUCAACUUCUGAUGCCAAACAAAGAAUAAAAGUCUAAGAUAUUAAGAGGCAAUAGUCAGAAAAACUAAAUAAGCCAAUUCUUAAACUUACUGAUGCUUUUGUACUUGACUCUUAAUGAUAUGACUGGUAUCAAAGCUGAAUUUUGUUAUUUUAUUGAUAUUGUUUUCAAACUGGCAAAUUGGUGAAGCAAGCUAAAAUACAAAGCUUGCAGUAAUUCAAGUGUUUGGUUAUGAUACAGAAUCGAUAUUGUCUUUUCAAAGAAAUGGUAGUUGCUUUGUAAUGGGGCAUCAUUACAAUUCUGGGACAGGUUUGUGGACAAAACAUUGUGGACAUUUCCUCCACAUCACUGAGUCAGAAUUUAUAGCUGCUCUGCUCUAGGUAUGUGCUCACUACUUGCUAUCCUGCUUAAACAUGGGGAGUAUUUCUUUUAACAAUAGUUGUGUUGCACAAGAGUUAAUAGGUUCUAGCAGCAAUCUGUAAUGUACGGAUAAAACAAACCCAUAUGCAAUUUAUUUGAACAGAAUAUCAUUUUGAAUAUGUGGGUUAGGGUAAGUGUUAAUGUCCUCAUUUUUCUUUCUCUGCCACAAAAAUUCUUCCCACUUUAUCUGGCUGAAAAUAUUGGUUUGACUCCUUAGUAGCAGGCCCAGGAACAGCUCAAUCACACUGACAUGUGCCUGGAGAAAAUACAAAGGGGGUGUUUCCAGAUCAAGAAAUCUUGCAGUGGUUUAAUCACUUAUUCCUAACUUUGAAAAGAGGAUUCAAACAAUGGAAAAACUGGAACAAUAUUAUUACUGGAACAAUUAAUGUCAUGCACUGGUAAACUGUUUUGUAAUAUCAGACGUUCUGAUUGCAACUACUAAAUAUGUAAAAGAGAACAGUUGAGUACAAAGCUUUUUGUCAUCUUCUGGUGCAGUGCACUUGAGUUUGUUGAUUGUAAAUCCAUUACACUUAGUUAUGUCAGUGAAAGUAAAUGCAGUGAAUCUGCUCAAUAAAACUUUAACGUAAUAUUUUCCGAAUGUUCAUGGGAAAAUAAAACAUUUCAAUACUUGAUUACCUCAACAAAGAAAUGAGUGGAAUGUAGAUUUCUUUCAUUCUUUGAGAAUAUAUAAAAUAAAUGUAUAAAAUUGGAUACCUCAAUACAUCUCAUCUUUAAUCCAUGAACGAACAACAAAUGUCUUGCUUUUUUAUGAUAUGAUUAAUUAUGUUAACAAUCAGCUGAUACAUCACCCCUUUAAAUUAUUACAUGUAAUUGUUGUGCUAGAUCAAUAAUAAAUCAGACUUUGUCCUCCAUCUUAAAUGCUAAUUCAGUGAAGGUCAAUGUACAUUUUAAAUAUGCUAUUUUGCAUUCUGACUAGAUGCGUUAUACAUUGAGUCAAUAUUAAGUAAUUAGCAUCUCUAGCAUUGUCUUUUUUUUCUUUGCUGUGAUGAUUCAACUUUCAUCGCUAUAUAUUUAAAUUUACUAUUGAACUUAACUCUAUCCAGAUUGGUCUUUUACUGCCAGUGUUCUUUUUCCUCAUUUAAUCAUUGCCUUACACCCUAUCAGCAACUUUAAAUUUACCUUUUUUCCUUACUCUACCAUCAUUUCUUCCCAUCUCCUCCUUAUUCUGUCUUUAUUUUGUCAUAAAAUCUAACCCAUACCGGUUUAAUGAAUAACAUCCUAAGCUGCUGGGUAUUUCCUGUAUUCUGUCUGCUCCAUAGCAAUUGCUUUUGUUUGCAAUAUUUUAUUACAUUUUUAUGCUAGUUAUUUUCUAUAGGUUCUAAAACUAAUGAAGUUAAACCAGUGCAUUCAAUAAAAAAAUUGCAAUAUGUCAGAUAUUUUAUCCUAUUCUACAGCAAUCAAAUUCAGUACUUGAAGAUCUGGACAUUUGUACACCAUCUAAGACUUUUAGGGGACUAUUUUUCUUGUGUUUGAGCAAGAUCUUGCUUUGAUUCUAGCUUUCAAGAACAAAUAGACUUUAUUAAUUUUUCCAUGAUAUGCUUGACUACGCAGUUUAUUUCAGUACUGUUGUGCAGCAGACAGUAUCAAGGAAAUGUGAUGAAAGCCUGCAAAUCAUUAUUACAGUAUUAGUGGAAAAUUUUAUAACCAAGCCCUGAUGAGCAGAUCAAAGCUUGCUGAGCAUUGAUCAACACCCUGUACUCUAUGAGCAUGUAUUAUCUCUCAAAACAGUGCAAAUUAAUGACAAAAAAACCUGCCUUUUUAAAAAUUGAUACAUAAGAUUAUAUAGACUUAUUUGGUGAAGAGCAGGAAAUUUUCCUAGAACCAAUGCCAAAAUUCCAUUCUUAAGUUUGGCAUCACGAAAGAUAACUGAUAAUUCAUGACGUUUGAAGCAAGUAGGACCUUGACUCUAUGCAAGCCUCUGUACUGAGCAUGUGACUGUUUCUAAAAUGUUACCUGCUUUGAAAGCUUUGAUAUAUUUCGAUAUGGUGCUGUAAAAUUUUCCUUACCGCAAAAAUAGGAAUUACUGCAUUGUUAUCUCUAGUUUGCAGUGUGAAAUUGACAGACAUUUGCUCUUAAUUGAAGAAAAAAUGUUACUCCUUGCACCUUCUGUAUGUCCUUCACAACAUUUUCUGGGUCUAGUUGUACUUAAUUAACUAUUAGAAAAAUAUAUAUGGGAUUAAUUGAUAAAUACUUUGGUUUGAUUUUAUAACUAUGGAAAAUUCAGAUAGGUGGUACUUUAGAAUAUUUAUUUAGAGAGAGAUGAAUGAAGGCAGAUGUGAAUAAAAGCCUGGAUGCUAAUGUUCAUUUGCGAUUUUUUUUU